UACCAUGAUUUGAAGCCAAAUUUGGGGUGCAUGAUCGCUAUUUAAAAUCGAUCACAGUAGAGCCAUAGAUAGUAGAGCCAUAGAUAGUAGAGCUAAUAGCAAAUACACAGUUACAAAUACACAGUUAGUAUAUUUUGGGUAAAGAUUAUAAAGUUACCCCGCAAUCAUAAUGGCUACCAGACCAGACCCCCAAAAUCCAAUAGCAGUUAAAGUCCACCCUAUCAAUGUAGGACAAGGAGAUGCAAUAUUACUGGAGAUUCAAUAUGAUAAAGGGUCACCCAAAAAGUGGCUGAUCGAUGGUGGCCGAGGACAAAAAUCAACAUUUUCUAACCUGACAACUGCUCUGGACGAGAACGAUUGCAUAUCUAAAGCACCAAUAUCUCCAUCUUCAAGGGGAAAACUGACAUGGAAAGAUCGCACCUAUCGACAGAUAACGCUUGACUCGAUUGUCAAUACUCAUCCCGAUGUCGACCAUCAUGGAGGAAUUAAUGCACUUUUAGGUACUGGAAGCAAACAAAUUAAGUCGGGUGAACAGUUCACUGCCUGCUGUCCCAUCAUAACCACUUCAGCCACAAGUUUGUAUGUGGAAGUUCCAGACGAAAAAAACGAAUACAAAAAUGGAGUGGAGUACAGCGGUGCAGAAAGUGAUAGCCCUAAAUUCUGGUUUCAAACAAAUGCACUUGGACGAAAGCACCUUGGAUUAGAAGAUCUACCUCGACGAUCAACUGUAGAAGUUUGUAAACGUCCCAGUUUCAGAAAGAAUAUCGAUUGGAAUGCAACAAGUAUUCUGACAACUGUGCGGAUACCGGGAAGCACAUACAAGUACGAUGUGGUGUUGACUGGUGACUCAUAUGGUGGGAUCAUCCUUGACACACUCGAACUAAAGUCUGAAAAAGACAAGCCGCGUAAGACCGUUGGUGUUUUCCAAGUGCCUCACCACGGAAGCAAGAAAAACAGUACUAUGGCACGAACAAAAGGAGAAGGUUCUCACCUGAGUUGUUAUACAUUUUACAUGGAAUUUGAUGCAGACAUCUACUUAAUCAGUCAUGGCGAUAACAAGGCCUAUAACCAUCCGGAUAGUGAAGUUAUAACAGGCAUUCUCGCUGCAGCUGUCAAGAAAGAACAGCAUUGUAAAAUAGUAGUCACAGCAACACGGUUUGAUGGAACCAAAAUCAACGAGGACACCAACAUAGGCAACUGGAGGGACUAUGUUGAUAUCUACUAUUUUUCACCGUAUGUCACCCUGGAUCCAAACGAUGUGAAACGGCCUGAGGGUUUACAGCUGUAUAACAAAAAGGUGCCAGCUCCGAGUUUAGAAGCAAAACUCGCAAAAAAUAAUUUGCAGAGGGAGGUAAUAAUUGAUCAUGACGGCAACGGCAACAGCUUCUUUAAUGCCGUCAGUCAAGCACUAGCACACAAGACAAAUUACACACCCACUGAGCUGAGAAAGAUGCUUGUUGAACACUUGAAGACAAAUCCAAAAUUAUACUAUCCAAGAUCGGGAGCAACUACAACGGAAGAGUAUAAUAAGCUCUGUUCACUGGAUGACUCUUUAUCUUCUAAUAUUGAAAAAAUUCUGCCUGAGGCAAUGGCACAGACACUACGAAUGCAAAUAAAAGUUAUCCCUGUGAAUCAUGAACAAGAGGACAAGUUUUAUGGCACUGAACCUGUUGUUCAACUAAUACACGCCAUUGAUCACUAUGACUACGUUCUGCCAAUCACGUCUCCAGGAGAUACCACAGACGCAUCGUCACCUGGCACUACAGAGACUCCUCUUAAGAGCAGUGAAAGUCUAGUCUCAGCAAAAGGCAGACGCAAACUGGUUCUAGAUACAGAUACAAGCAAUAAAACACAAAGAGAUGAAUUCGAAUGUCCAAAGUGUAAAGAGAAGAUUGAUCAAAGGGGAAAAAGGAGGCAAAUUACCCCAAUUGCAGGACUUUCAAAUAAGGAAACAGAAGGGUCCAUCGUCCCGAGUUUGUGGACAAGCUGCAGCUGGCCACAACAAAAAACUACAAACACUUCAGAGGCAUCGCCAGAGACUCCUCCUAAGAGCAGUGAACAUCCACCACCUCUAGCAAAUAAGAGUAGACGCGAACUGUUUUUUACAGUUUACAAAACGAGAGUGCCCCCCACUGAUGUUGUGAGUGGUACCAGUGGAGGCGAAUCACAACCCUCCACAUUCGCUAUUCAAUCCACCAUGUCUGCACGUAUAAGUGAAGUAAAUAGCAAGAAAAGAAAAUGGGUUCAACGCAGUGAAACGGAGAAUGGAGAGGAAAACAGGAGGCCUUUCAAAAAACUUGAAAAAGAAAAAUGUCCUUCGUCCCGAGUUUGUAGAGAAAAAGUGAGCAAAACAACUGGUGGAUACACAUGUAAGGUGAGCCUUGAGAGCAGCGAAGAACUUCCUGACACAUUUGUUAAGAAACUCCGCAAGUUCUUUCGUGACAAUCAGCCAGCAAAUUGUUCUGUCCAGUCGAGGUUGAACACCAUUACUACUGACGACUCAGAAACCCCAGACUCGGAGUCACAGCAAGAUCAAGAAAACUUCUCUGGCCACCCUCGUGGAUACCAACACAACCCAGAGGUCCCAGUUCUCCGUGGCUUGAAUCACUGCCAAUAUUGCCUGUGUGCACCGUGUGUCACUCAGUUGCGUCCAGACUUCCUGCAAGGAUAUUGUGAUCCUCAUCCUGCCAAUGAUGAGACGAGGCAUAAGCUAUACAAGAUGUUCGUGAGGUCACUGAGUGACUUACGAGUGUGGGUAGACGACAAAUACCGAGAAAACGUAUCAGAUAAGCGGAAAAUAAUUCCAAAAUGUGUCGUCAGAGAGAUUAGGUCGAGGUACCCCAGUCAUGACGGCAUCUAUAUUAAAUAUUCGUAUCAGGACAAUCGGUCAACGUUCGAGGCUGAGACGGACUACCUAUAAUUCAGUUAUGGAGAACGAAUCCACCCCUGAGUGACUGUACCUAUCAUGUAGUAGUGAAGUACGUGUAUAAUUAUGUACAUGUAAACUCACAAUUAAUUAUCAUCAAAAUCGCCAUCGUCUGAUAAGUCUGAAUAAUCGACCCCAUCUUCAAUAUCUGAGCUGUCCUCUUCAUAGUCACUCUCGUCCUCUAUAUAAUUCUCUAACAUAAAAAAUGUACGACGGAAUAAAAGUAU